GUGAAGGGUCCCGAGAUCUCGCGAGAGCUGCCACGCCGGUCGGGUCGGUGGUGGCACCCUGGGGCACCGUGGGGGCACCGUGGGUCCGGCCGCGGGCAUGGCUGCUCCGCGUGGGGUCCCGCAGCUGCGGGUGCUGGAGGAGGCGCUGGGCAUUGGCUUGUCGUCCUCGGGCGACACGGCGGCGGCGGAGCCGGUGGCGGCCGAUGGUGCCUACUACCUGGAGCAGGUCACCAUAACUGAUGCUUCUGAAGAUGACUGUGAAUAUGAAGAGAUACCAGAUGACAAUUUCAGUAUUCCAGAAGGAGAAGAAGAUCUGGCCAAAGCAAUUCACAUGGUUCAAGAGCAGGCUACAGACGUUCAGAUUCUGGAGCAGAAAACAGUUCUUCCUUCAAGGCAGGUAGUACAUGAAGCCAUAGAAGACUUUCUCUGUAAUUUCCUGAUCAGAAUGGAAAUGACCAGAACGCUGAACUGCUUUCAGGCUGAAUGGUACGAGUUAAUACAGAAGAGAGGGACUGAUUUUCGAGGAUUCGGGAAUGUUCCAGAUGUUUACAGCCAGGUGAUGCAUUUAGAGAGUGAGAACAAAAACCUGAAGAAAGAUUUGAAACACUUCAAACAGGCAGCUGAAAAGGCCCGAGAGGAUCUGCUGAAAACUCAGAAGGAACGGGACUUCCAUCGCAUGCACCACAAGCGCAUCAUGCAAGAAAAGAACAAACUGAUCACUGACCUCAAAGGGCUGAAACUGCAUUAUGCAUCUUAUGAACCAACUAUUAGGGUGUUACACGAGAAGCAUCAUGCUUUACUGAAGGAGAAAAUGCUGACCUCCUUGGAAAAAGACCGAGCUGUUGGGAAGAUUUCUGGGCUUCAAGCAACACUGAAGAACAUAGACGUAGGACAUAUUCAGGCACCUUUAAUCAAAAUUGGUCACAGUUGUGAGAAAGAAAACGAGUCAGAAAGCCCUACUCAGAAAUGUCCCUAUGAAGCCAAGGAAGAAAAUGGACAUAAAUCAAAGAUAAAGAAUGAAAGAAAGGAUUCGGUAUUUCCCACAGAUAUGCAACCAGAUCCGAACUUGACUGCAUAUAAAGAAAACCUUUGUCCAGCAAAAUUUGACUACAAGCUAAACAAUAUUUUUAGACUUCAUGACCUCCCUGUGAGCUGCUAAUGUAUUUAAAAAUUAUAACUUUAAGUAGACAAGAUACAUUGGUGACUAAGAUUUAAAAUGCCACUGACAGGCUAGGAAGAUGGCUCACCAGCUGAAACACCAGCCAUUCAAGCCUAAGAAUGCUUGAACUCAUGUAAAAGAAGAUGAGGUAACACAAGUGUCAUUAUCUGAGAAUGCCCUGGGGGUAAUGGGAGGCUGAGACAGGAAAACUCCAGAAGCUUGAGGGCCAGCAGGUUUGUCUUACUCAGUGGCAAAGAGAGCCUAUGUUAAACAAGGUGGCAAGAUGAGGACCCACACCUACAGAUCUUCUGACCGACAUGCAUGCCUCGACACGUGGUGUACCCGAACUUAACUCCCCUACACACAAACAAGCACACACACACAUAUACACUUACACAUCACACAGACACACACGCACACACACACACACACACACACACACACACACACAAAUGCUAAUGAGUAAUAGACUGUGCUCAACAUUCAACAUACAAUAUUCUAACACCAUGGUGUUGAGUUAGUUAUUUAACCUGUUUAUUUCUAUUUCUUUGUAUAAUUCUACAACCUUUGACAGGUUAUUUAAUUUCAGUUUCUUUUUAAAACAUGAAUAACUAAUUUAGUCACCCCAGUGGACUGUCAUGAUGUCUAACUACAUUAAUAGCUUGGGGCUGGGAGGUGUUCAGUACAGGGGUGAGUCUGAGGACCUGAGUUCACUCCUCAGCAAUCAUGUAAAACCUUGGUGGCUUUGAUAACCCUGGCCCUGGGGAGGCACUGGACUUUCUGGACAACCAGUUUAUUUGAAUCUGCAAGCUCCAUGUUCAAUGAGAGGCUCUGUUACAAAGAAAUGAGGUAGAAAGCAAUUGUGAAAGAUACCUUCACAUACACAAGCUCAUGAAAACACGCAUACAUAUAACACAUACAUACACACAAUCUUACCUUGAAUGUUCUAAGUGAGGUAUAUAUGUACACACAAAUUAUAUAUGAUGCUUAUUUAAUAAUAAAAACAUGAAAGUAGAACAGCUAACAUCACUAUGGUAGGAAAGUACCACAGGCAAAAAAAUGUAUUUUUGACAAGGAAUAUUUUAUACUUCAAAAUGGUAGUAUGUUUAGAACAUUUCAGGGCCUUCCAAGUUAGUUAGUCAUAUAAUGUGCAGCACAUAAAUAGAAAUAAUGACAAUUUACUGCAAUAAAUUGAAAUUAAGAAUUUUCAAAAUGUU